CCCCCUUGUAGGUACGAAGUGAGAAGUUAAAAAAAAAAAAGUUUUAACAGAUUUCUAUAUUCUCAGGAGGAACCUUACGCAGGAGCAAAAUGCGUGAGUGCAUUUCUGUCCACGUCGGCCAGGCUGGAGUCCAGAUGGGUAACACCUGCUGGGAGCUGUACUGCCUGGAGCAUGGGAUCCAGCCAGACGGCCAAAUGCCCAGCCACAAGCCCGUGGGUGGCCACGACGACUCAUUCACCACCUUCUUCAGCGAGACGGGGGCUGGCAAGUAUGUGCCGCGCGCCAUCUUCGUGGAUCUAGAGCCCACAGUCAUUGAUGAGGUUCGCACAGGUAACUACCGCCAGCUGUUCCACCCAGAGCAGCUUAUCUCGGGUAAAGAGGACGCUGCCAACAACUACGCCCGUGGCCACUACACCAUCGGCAAGGAAAUCAUCGACUCAGUGCUGGACCGCAUCCGCAAACUGGCUGACCAAUGCACAGGGUUGCAAGGAUUCCUGGUUUUUCACAGUUUUGGUGGAGGAACCGGAUCAGGCUUCACCUCCUUGCUGAUGGAGCGUCUUUCUGUUGAUUUCGGCAAGAAGUCCAAGCUUGAGUUUGCCAUCUAUCCAGCUCCUCAGGUGUCCACAGCAGUGGUGGAGCCUUACAACUCCAUCCUGACUACACACACCACACUGGAACACUCUGACUGCGCCUUCAUGGUAGACAACGAAGCCAUCUACGACAUCUGCCGUCGCAACCUGGACAUCGAGCGUCCAUCUUACACCAACCUCAACCGUCUCAUCAGCCAGAUCGUGUCCUCCAUCACUGCCUCCCUUCGCUUUGACGGCGCUCUGAACGUGGACCUUACCGAGUUCCAGACUAACCUGGUGCCCUACCCACGCAUUCACUUCCCGCUGGCUACCUACGCUCCAGUGAUCUCUGCUGAGAAGGCUUACCAUGAGCAGCUGUCUGUGGCCGAGAUCACCAACUCUUGCUUCGAACCUAGCAACCAGAUGGUCAAGUGCGACCCGCGGCAUGGCAAGUACAUGGCCUGCUGCUUGCUGUACCGCGGAGACGUGGUACCGAAAGACGUCAACGCAGCCAUCGCAGCCAUCAAGACCAAGAGGAGCAUCCAGUUUGUGGACUGGUGCCCCACAGGUUUCAAAGUAGGCAUCAACUACCAGCCUCCUACUGUGGUGCCCGGAGGAGAUCUGGCCAAGGUGCAGAGGGCUGUGUGUAUGCUCAGCAACACCACUGCCAUUGCAGAGGCCUGGGCCCGUUUGGACCACAAGUUCGACCUCAUGUACGCCAAGCGGGCCUUUGUCCACUGGUACGUUGGGGAAGGAAUGGAGGAAGGUGAAUUCUCCGAAGCCAGAGAAGAUAUGGCUGCAUUAGAGAAGGACUACGAGGAGGUGGGUAUCGACUCCUUUGAGGACGAUGAGGAAGGCGAGGAGUACUAAGGUGGAGACCUGCUACCAGAUGACAGCUCAAAGCUCAUCAAAGCCACAGUAACCCUGGAAAAUUCCUGCAUAGCUUGACCUUUGAAGAGGAAAUGAACUUCCCUUUCUUGUGUUAACUGUGCAAACCACUGUCCUGUCCUCUUGUCAUUACCAAAGAAAGCAUAUAAGGCAAUGUUGUGGUACACCAUUGCACAUCGUAUUACUUGUGACAACCAAGCUAUCUCCAAUUUACAUUGUCUUUUUACUUCAUUUCUGUCUCUUUGUUAAGUGAUCUUUUCUCUUUUUUUAUUGGUCUUUAAUAACUGCCAAAUAAAGCAGUUAAAUUCUGA